AUGUCUUCCGUCACGACAGUCUUGACCCGCAAGCCGAAGAACAUUGCGAUCGAGACGAAUCCAAAGCAUGAAUUACACGUUGUGGAAACAAAGCUGCCCGAACCUGGACCAAACGACUGCUUGGUUCACGUUAGAGCGACGGGCAUAUGUGGCUCAGACGUGCACUUCUGGAAGAUCGGCGCUAUUGGUUCUUCUGUCAUCAAGCAUGAACAAGGAUUGGGUCACGAAAGUGCUGGAGUGGUCAUCAAGACCGGCCCAAAUGUCAAGUCACUGAAAGUUGGUGAUCGGGUGGCGCUGGAGUGCGGCAUACCAUGCAGCAAGCCGACCUGCGAGCACUGCCGUAACGGUCGGUAUAAUGCAUGCCCUGAUAUCAUCUUCUACUCCUCUCCUCCCGUUCCUGGCACACUCCGCCGCUAUCACGUCCAUCCUGAAGCAUGGCUACACCGUCUACCAGAAAGCAUAAGCUUCGAAGAAGGCGCCCUUCUCGAACCUCUAUCUGUAGCCCUGGCCGGAAUCGAUCGCUCUGGCUUACGGCUUGGCGAUCCACUCGUCAUUUGUGGUGCAGGACCAAUCGGUAUGGUGAGCCUGCUGGCUGCUCAUGCGGCUGGCUCAGCGCCUAUCGUUAUUACAGAUAUUGAUGAGCAUCGCCUGGCAAAGGCCAAGUCGCUGGUACCGAGAUUGCGGACUGUGCAGAUUCAACGAGAUGCAGAAGCAAAGCAGAAUGCAGAGCAGAUCAGGCAGGCGCUCGGAGAUGUUAAACGUGCUAACGAACGACAGGCCAGUCGAUUCGGGGGCACCGUCUUCAUCAUUGGGGUUGGCAAGGACUUCCAGCAGAUUCCGUUCAUGCACGCCUCGUUCCGCGAGAUCGACAUACGGUUCCAGUUCCGAUAUAGGGAGACGUAUCCUAAAGCCAUCAUGCUUGUGUCGGAAGGUCUAAUCGACCUCAAACCACUGGUAACACAUCGCUUCACGCUUGAAGAAGGUCAGGCAGCAUUUGAAGCUGCGUCGAACCCUGACGCAAGAGCGAUCAAGGUACAACUGCUUGACGACUAG